GGGUGGUCAUGCGUCACCCUGGCGGGCAAGCUCAAUAAUUGUCCUCCCAAUUUCCAAAUCGCUCAAGUUUCCCAACCUCAUUCAUCAGUUAAGCUGGAAGGACGCCCGCGACCUAACCUCCAGGACCAUUGACCCACCCGUUCCCCGUCCCCGUAGAUCUCUCCCAUUGAUCGACCGCCCAUCUAUGAUUGGCACGCCCCGGUGCCUUGACCCUGGACCACGCAGCCCGACCCUCUAGCCGAGGGAAAUCCAACACUUUGGCCCAAGUUUGAUCUGGCCAGCCAAGUCUGACAGUCUGACAUAAGCAGCCAUAGCCCGGAUCUCUUGUGCUGAGCCAGCUAGGUCUCAAUUGGACUCGGGUGGUCGUUCAUUGGCCAACCCCGUCCGGCGUAGGGCUCUCGGGCCAGCCCUAGACACACCCUAAUCUCGCUCUAGUCCAGGCAGAAGCCACGGUUGAGCGAGAUGGCCCAGAGUGCGGAUGUGCGGGCCUUGGAAGCGCUCAUGCACGAGUUUUUCGGACCCCACUCGGAUUCAGCCCGUCAAGCGCAAAUCGAAACUCAUUUGCGGGCUUUCCUGGACCAAUCCGACUCUUGGCAACAUGCGCUGACCUUCCUGGACCAGUCCCACGAGCCCCAUGUCCUCAUGUACGCCCUCAACAUCCUGCAGACGUGGAUUCACGCCCGCUGGUUGGCUCUUUCCGGGCCCGAACAUGUCCGUAUCCGACAACAUUUGGAUCGACAUUUAGUGGCUGCUGUCCAAACGUCCGCGGACUCUGGUCCCACCGUUCCCGCCUUUGUGCGGCGCAAAUUGAUGCGACUAUUAGUCGAUAUCGCCCGCUCGGAUUGGCCGCAUUUCUACCCGGAAUUUGCGCCCCGCCUGCAUAAUUGGUUGGCCACGCCCGACACGCGCGCCUUGGGCCUGGAAAUGCUUCUUAUCGCCUCGGAAGAGCUGGCCACGCCCCGUGCGGAUCUGCCCACCGCCCGUCAACUCGAAUUACGCAAGCUACUCGAACUUCACAUGGACCAGUUCUUAUCGGCCCUGGUCUCCAUUUUGAGCACACUCCUGGCGUCCACGGUGUCUCACGCUGACAGACUGGGUACCCCACCACCUUCGCCCAGUGGCCAUCCUCGAACCGAUCCCGUGUCCUCGAGUGGGCACGUUCUGCCCGGCUUGGGCUUAACGGGUCCAUCCGCUGAGAUGGCCGCGUUGGCUCUGUCGGCCUUGGCUCAUCUGUAUUCCUGGUUGCCUUUAGCGCAACAUCUGCCACCUGAAUUAUUGCAAGUCUUGUGCCAAUUCACUGUCUUAGGCCUUAACUCUCAAGCGGAUGUAAGCGAUCUCCGUUUAAACGCGUUAGCCAUGAGCGUCCUCAACGAGAUAUUGUACAAGAAUUGUGUACCUCAAUCCACUGAAGACGCCCUUUUCCACCUUUUUCAAAGCUGCUUUCAUCUCUUGGAACGAUUGUUACAAACGGAUCAGGCUGGACGCGUCUUAAACCUCGACCAGAUGGAUGAAACGUUCUUGGACAAGGUUAUCGAGUUUGUACGGGUUUUCAUGGGCUCUCACUUUCACCGGUUCGAGACAAACGCCCAUGCUCAUGUGGUCGAGUUCAUGAGUCUCGUGUUCAAGCUCACCUUUGUGGUGUCCAAAGUGGAGAUGUUCGUUGAAUGCCUCGAAAUUUGGGAAACUCUCAUUGCUUAUGUUUCCAACGCUCUCUCCACGCGAAAUAAAGAGGGUCACGCGGUACUCUUGCGAUACAAAGAAGGUCUCCUAGGCUUAGUGGACGAGAUGCUCAAUAAGAUACAAUUUCAAAAGUCCCACGAAUUCCUUCAACCAUUCCGUGAAAUGGAUCAAUCUUGCGCCCAUCAGGAAGUGGAUGAAUGGCGGGGUUAUUUGAGUACUUGCAUUGAGGUGAUCAUGAAAGUUAGCGAUCUCUUGUCAGAAGAAGUGUUGAAACGCGCGUAUUGGCUUUGGCGAGAGAUGGCCAAGUCAUAUUUCCCGCUUGCGGAUCAUAAGACGACUAUGAGUGCCAAAAGUCCUCAAGAUCAAGAACGGUUGUUCCUAUUCCUGAAGGAUUUUUCCUCCGUUCUGACACUCAUGGGAAGGCUCUCCACGCUUUUUAUUGGUGAGUUCUUCUUGGAGCGACUCCAUGAUGGGCACGAGAUGAUGAAGGAGCUCAUCACUCUAACCACUUUCAACUCGCGAAACAGGUUCUACGCGCUAGACUUGCCAAAGAAACUCAAGGAUGGCUUCGUUCAAGUUCAGGUUGCAACAAUCGCGUCUUUGAAAGCAUGGUGCCAUUGGUUGGCGCAACUUCACGCCAUCGCCUCGGCCGAUUCACAUCAUGAAGUCUUGUGCAAAGACUUAACUUCAGCCAUGGUCCUGACAAUUGGACCCGUCAUUCGCCAACGGGAUUCGCCCGCAUUAGUCCACUCGGCGGCUCAUUUUUUGGUCACUCUCACGGGCACGGUCCGUCCUCCAUCCAUCUGGAAGCUAAAAGAGUUUACGGAUUUAUAUUCGUCCAUCGGUGAUCUCAAUUUGGCCUCCGAUGCCAACCGCUUGGUCAUUCGAGCCCUUGCCAACGUUCUGCUCUUGCCUUGGCCUGGACUUCCGGAUCAACGAUGGGACGAGCGACAAAAGCACUUGUCCAAGUUUUUGAGGUCCAUCAAUGCUCCUUUCCUGCGUUUGAAUUCCAUGCCAAAUUUCAUGUCCAACCGAGAAGAGCAAAUCAGGGCUGAGUCAGUGGUUCUAAGCUCAUUAGAAAUCAUUCAAGAUCUCGUGGAAAGUGUUCUGAGCGAAAAGACUCAAAGUAAACGGCUGUGUUACCAUUGUAUCAAGGAUUUUUUUGACACGUCCCUGGCCAUCUUCCCCGUCUACUUGGAAAAUACUCGGGUUUGUAAAGGGCUAUUUAGUUUCUUUCACAAGGCAUUUGACGUGCUUAAAACACAAAUGGGUGCUACCACUGUGGAAAAUGCAAUUCAAACCAUUCUCUCCACGUUUGGGAAGAAUCAAAUGAAAGAAGUUAUACUUAAUGAAGGAUCCAGUGGGAUGCACGUGGCUGAAAGUUUUUUGGCCAUUCUCGAUUUUGUGGUCAAAGAACCGAAUGCCUCGUUCCGAAAGUUUGUCACAGAUACACUGAACCUAGUCAUAAACGACAUCUAUCCUCUGGUGGCUGACAAGCCAACAGCCGAAAUCAAGUGCUCGGUUUUUCGUUUGCUGUACAAUAUCCUAUUGUACAAUAUGCGUUUAUUUUUCAAGCCUUCCGUUGUGAAGAGCUUAGUGCUAUCGGGGAGAGACUCGAACGAUUCGUCCUUCUCCCCAAAUGGCGUCAGUAUGAAUCAAGACAAAGUUGAACACCAAGCGGAGUUCAUGGCUAUUUUGCAAGCAUUCGGACAGUCCUUCCUCCAACCGGAUGUGACGUUGUUCCAACAAAAUGUGGCCUCCCUUGAAGACCUCAAUCAUCGAUGGAAGCUCUAUCACAAGCCCAUUUUUGUGGAACAUUUUACGGAACAAUUUCUGAGCGUGUUCUUUCAAGUCUUGUUACGAGGUAGUCAUAAUUUGUUGAGCGAAGAAAUCACCCUUUGUAUUUACCACAUGGCUUCGGUGGACUUUGAAGCUUUUUUCAACCGUUUCGUCCCAUAUUUCCUCGAGCAAGAUCCCGAUUUGGAUCUGAAUCAAAAGCAAAUCCUUCAUUCUGGCUUUAAAUCGGACCAGGACCUACCUACGUUUUUGUCCAAUGCCAAUCGGUUUGUCACAGACUUCAAGUAUUACAAGCUUUGCAACCUGAGUUUGAAAGCUGAUCCAGUUACGUUCAAUUAAGUUUUUCAAGUGUUGUGCUCGUUUUCUACUAGCAUUAUAGUUACGUUUGAAAUGAAUGAUGACUAAUCAUAGAUUGGUUUAUUCAAAAAGGGAUGAAACGAUAAUAAAAAAAGACAAGGCUCAUGAUCAGCA